AUGGAUAAAGACUUCCGCUACUACUUCCAGCACCCGUGGUCUCGCUUAGUUGUGGCUUACUUAGUGAUCUUCUUUAACUUCUUAAUAUUUGCUGAGGACCCAGUAUCUCACAGUCAGACAGAAGCCAAUGUUAUUGUUGUGGGCAAUUGCUUCUCCUUUGUAACAAAUAAAUACCCUGAAGGAGGAGGCUGGAGAUUUUUGAAGGUGUUUCUGUGGCUGCUUGCCAUUCUCACAGGACUGAUAGCUGGGAAAUUUCUCUUCCAUCAGCGGCUGUUUGGUCAGUUGCUCCGUCUGAAAAUGUUUCGAGAGGACCACGGGUCUUGGAUGACAAUGUUCUUCAGUACCAUCCUCUUCCUCUUCAUUUUUUCUCACAUUUAUAAUCUGUUCCUCAUUAUGGCAGGGAAUAUGAGUGCAUACAUUAUAACAGACUUCAUGGGCAUCAGGAAUGAAAAUUUUAUGAAGGUAGCUGCAGUUGGGACUUGGAUGGGAGAUUUUGUCACAGCAUGGAUGGUCACCGAUAUGAUGCUUCAGGACAAACCGUACCCAGACUGGGGAAAGUCUGCCAGAGCUUUCUGGAAGAAAGGAAACAUUAGGAUCAUUUUAUUCUGGACAGUUCUGUUUACUCUGACCUCUGUAGUUGUGCUUGUCAUCACUACUGACUGGAUCAGCUGGGACAAGCUGAAUCGUGGAUUUCUGCCAAGUGACGAGGUCUCAAGAGCCUUCUUGGCUUCUUUCAUCUUGGUGUUUGACCUUCUUAUUGUCAUGCAGGACUGGGAGUUUCCACAUUUUAUGGGUGAUGUUGAAGUGAAUCUUCCAGGCUUGCCAUCUGCACACAUGCAGUUCAAAGUACCUUAUUUCCAAAAGAUCUUCAAAGAGGAAUAUCACAUACAUAUAACAGGCAAAUGGUUUAACUAUGGAAUUAUCUUCCUUGUUUUGAUCUUGGAUCUGAAUAUGUGGAAGAACCAAAUAUUUUACAAACCUCAUGAAUAUGGCCAAUAUAUUGGUCCUGGACAGAAGAUCUACACAGUGAAAGACUCAGAAAGCUUGAAAGACCUCAAUAGAACUAAGUUAUCUUGGGAGUGGAGAUCCAAUAACACUAACCCACUGACCAACCGGACCUAUGCCGAAGGAGACAUGUUCUUGCACAGCAGAUUCACGGGCUCUAGCCUUGAUGUCAAAUGCCUGGCUUUUAUUCCAAGUUUGCUGGCUUUUGCUUUGUUUGGUUUCUUCAUCUGGUUCUUUGGGCGAUUUCAGAAAACUGACCAAGGCAUGGAGAAUUUAGACAAAUCAUACACAAGAAUGAAGCGAAAGUCACCGUCAGAUAUGGGAAUGACACGAGAAAAUACACAGGUGUUAGUAGAAGAACCACUAAGUUUUCAAGAACCACAUCUCGUAUCCAUAAAAUCAGACUUAAGUGAAAUAGUUUUUAAUUCUUCUCUCUUAACUUCUGAAAACUUGAACGCACAACUGAAUGAACAAGAUAGCCCUUUACAGCCAGUACCAGAGUCCUCUGUCCCUAAGAGUAAUCCUGUGACAUAG